GUUUUCUCCAUCUGCCGUUUGCACCUUCUCUCUUAAAAUAUUCGUUUCUCUCGCUCUCUUAGAAAACUCCCUCUCUUUCUUUCUAGUUUUUACAAUUUAUAAAUUACCAAUAACUCUUUCAUCUUCGAUCCCUCUCCAAAUUUUAUUGUGCAAUUCCUUAUUACAGAGGCUUGGGUCAUCUUUUUCUUAUUUAUAUUGCACCAUUAACGAAGAACACGAAGCUGAUGAUUGGGAUCAACGACAGGUGAGAUGGAUUGGAGCACAUUUGGGGGUGAAACUUCGAAUCGUUUCAACAUGGGGAUUUUGUGUAAUCUUGGAUAUUCUCGGAAAUUCUGGGAAGAUGUGAUGCGUAGUUUUAGAUUUUGAGCGUGAUGGAGUUACUUUGAUGGUUUGAUAAUCGGAUUUGACCCAAAAAAAGGGAUUUUUAAAGUUUUUGGAGUUUCCAUUGAAGCUUGAGGAUGACUAGUGUUCAGCCUCUGCAACAAAAAUCGGAUUCGAGAGAUGACGUUCAUGCCGAAUUCGAGCGAGGUUUGGGGGAAUUCGUGCGCGGGCACUUGGACGAGUGCAUCUCAUUCGGGUCCUGCAGCAACCAGGAAGACGAGGACGAGGAGGAUGAUCAGCUUGUGAGAAGGAGACGAAGGUCUGGUCUCGAAGGGGAUAAUUUGGCUGAAUCAUCAGCUGCGAGAAGGCGCCAAUCCCAAAUUUUGAGCCGUUGGGCUGCAAGGCAGGCUCAGGAUAUGAUCACCACCAUUGAGAGGAGGAACCGUGAGUCCGAGUUGAUCGCGCUGGCUGGUUUGCAAACGGUCUCCAUGCUCGACUCGUCUUUUCUUAGAGAGUCUCAAUCUCCAUCUUCAAGGCGUCAUGGUGCUGCUAGUGAGAGGCCUAGCACUCAGGCAUCAUCCGGGAUCUUGCAGAUGUGGAGGGAGUUGGAAGACGAGCAUGUGCUUAACAGGGCACGCGAAAAGGUUAGGGAAAGAUUGAGGCAUCAAAGGAGUGUUGACUCUGAUACUACUGAUCUGUCUAGCUCUAUUGCGUCUGAGAGUCAGGUGAGUGAGAACAACGAGAGUCUGAGAGACUCGAGCGAGAGUGAGAAUGAGUACGGGUCUUGGUCGCGUGAUAGGAAUGAGCAUGAGGAUAAUAAUCCUUCAAGUAGGGAACAGUCUCCUGAUCUUGGCGAUGGUGAGAGGGAGAGGGUUAGGCAUAUUGUGCGUGGAUGGAUGGAGAGUGGGAUCAACGACCAUUCAUCUAAUGUGAGGCAGAGAGACAAUAACCGUAGAGGGGAGUGGUUAGGUGAUAGUGAACGGGAAAGAGUCAGGAUUAUAAGGGAGUGGAUGCAAAUGACAAGUCAGCAGAGAGGAGGAGCUCGUGCAACGCCGAGAGAGGAUCAGAGGUCUCUUACUUCAGAAGCUGAUAGGAGUCAUGAUAAUGCACAAGUUGACAGGGUCCGUGUAGCUGCUGCUAACCAUGAAGAAGGGCAACCGCAGAAUGUUCGUCGAGAUUUGAGGAGGCUAAGAGGAAGGCAGGCGUUACUUGAUUUGCUCAUGAGGGCCGAAAGAGAGAGACAGAGGGAACUUCAGGGCUUGUUGGAGCAUCGUGCAGUGUCUGAUUUUGCUCACCGCAACCGGAUUCAGUCACUUCUUAGAGGAAGAUUCUUGCGGAACGAGAGACCUGCAGAUCAAGAGAGAACUCCAUCAAUGGCUUCAAGGGAACUUCUUCAGCUGAGAGAGAGGCAAACUGUUUCUGGUUUGAGGGAAGGGUUUCAUAACGGGAGGGAAAGUAUCGUCGAUGAUAACAGCAGCAACACUGAUAGCGACAAUAGCAAUAAUUCGACAAAUGCUAUAGCAAUUGCUAGAACUUCUGAGAAUUCUCAGCGCAUAAUUGAUGAGAGUUCAACUUCUUCUAUACAAGGGAAUAAUAGUCUCAUCUUGCAUGAUGACUCGGCUAGGUCGGAAAGUAACAUAGAAAAUGCAGAUAUAGAUUGGGAAGAGGAUAAUAAUCAAACAAGGGUUUUACAAGAAGAUGUCUCAGCAGAUGAGAGGCUAGAUUUGCAGCAAACAACGUUGACUGAAUUUAAUGGGUGGAGAAAUGCUAACACAGAUAUAAACUGGGAUGAAACCACAGUCAGUGACUUGCACCGAGAAGCCGAUAGAGUUACGAAUGAUGAAGAUCGCACACAAGAAGGUCAUGGGGUUUGGCAUGAGGAUUCCCCUAGACAAAAUGAUGGGAACCAGCCUGAGACACGGUCAGAAGCCCCAAGGUCUCGCCGUGUAGUCCCAUUAAGAAGAUUAAGUAGGUUCCAUCCACCUGAGGAUGACACCAUUUACAGCAUGGAACUCAGGGAGCUACUAAGCAGGAGAAGUGUUUCUAAUCUACUACAUAGUGGUUUCCGUGAAAGUCUGGAUCAACUGAUACAAUCAUAUUCUGAAAGGAGAGGACACACUCACAUAGACUGGGAUCUGCACGGUAACCUGCAAACAGCAAUCUCAGAUUCCCCAGGGCGUGACACAGACCGCCAAGUGUUUGUACGGAACGAUAACCAGCUUAAUGGCAUCAAUGGGCCACAACAACUGCUUCCAACUCCACCCGUGCCUCCACCUCAGCCAAUGUGGCAACAUGAUUUACACCACACCAGCUGGUCUCGUCACUCAAUGCAUCGGUCUGAAAUGGAAUGGGAGGUAAUGAACGACCUAAGAGGAGACGUGGCGAGGAUUCAGCAAGGAAUGAGCCAGAUGCAGAGGAUGCUCGAAGCCUGCAUGGAUAUGCAGUUAGAGCUGCAGCGUUCGGUUAGACAAGAGGUCUCUGCAGCCUUAAACCGAUCUUCAUGUGACCCAGGUAUGAGCCCGGAAACAUCAGAGGAUGGAUCAAGAUGGAGCCAUGUAAGGAAAGGGACUUGUUGCGUUUGCUGUGACAACCACAUUGAUGCUCUCUUGUAUAGAUGUGGGCACAUGUGUACUUGCUCAAAAUGUGCGAACGAGCUUGUAAGAAACGGAGGGAAAUGUCCUCUUUGUAGAGCACCGAUCAUGGAGGUAAUCCGAGCCUACUCUAUUUUAUAAGCCUCUAAUAUUUAGAGAAGAAGGUAUAUAUAGAAGAAAGGAGCAGCAUAAAGGAAAAAGUCUGAGUGAGAGAGUACAUGUUCGGUUUUGGGGUGAAGGAUUAUAUGUAGUUGUAGUUCCUUCUUCAAAUCCAAAAGUUGAUGUGUAUAUUUAAAUUAUAAAUUACCCAAAAAUGAAGCUAAGAAGUAGUUGAUCGAAGUUCUUCGUACCAUUUCACUUCUAAAAUCAUCAUCCUUGGCUGGGCCGUAUUGUAUUUAGCCCGAAAUAAAUAGGUCCUACUUUUGGG